UUUGGCGCCACAUCUUGAACACUGGGAGAGACAGUGGAAACGCCAUCAAAAAGAUGGAUUCAAACAUUGAAAUAGUGCGGUAGUUUAAACUGAAAAUGAACGUUAACUAACGGUAUCAGAGAAGUCCUCAAUCUCCUGGUUGUGGAGAUGUAGAGUCGUACGAAACUCAGCAGAAUAAGCUCUCUUCGGAUAGCUGUGUCGUUAACUCCGGUGAGGUUAGCUAAGAAGGUAUCGCUACUAAACAGCUCGUUUAACGUUACCUCUGGUAGACGAGCUGACUGAGGGUAAGAAGGAGCGCAUGAAUACACGCGCCUGCGGUGGUUUAAUCUGUCACCAUGAACAGGACCAAACUGAAGAAAACCAAGGCACCUGGCGUGUCUGGUCAGAAGAACAUCUCCUUCUUUUCCUCUCAAAACCACCAGAAGGCCUUGUCGUCUUCCAAAAAAUUCACUGGCACUGCACUUGCCAGGACUGAACCUCUGAUCAAAGAUGGUGAAACCUCCACAUUCAGACCCCAUUCCCCCCUAAAGAGGAGUAUCCUUGGGGACCUUGAAAACUUCCUGUCCUCCUCGCUUGAUCUUUUCUCUGUGCCCGAGACCCCCAGCAGUCAGAUCAGGCUCGAUUCCCCUUCUCCUUCCAGAAAUCCAGGUCGGCCGAGCCCCCAGCCCAGCAAAGAGGUGGCGAGCCUGGAGAAGCUCGGCCAACUGUCCCCCAUCUGUCGGAGUCCUCGCUCCAAAGGGCAGAGUGCACGGAGAGUCAUAACCGAGGAGGGAAGAAAACCCAAGUGGGAAGAGGGAUGUUCUGGCUCUGUAAAAAGAGUCAUCAGCCCUCCUCAAGCAUCUCACAAUGCAAAGAGACCAAGAAAUGUCAAUAUGCAGGCACAUAGAUCUGUGCUCAGCCCCACAGGUAGCAAUCUGAAAGCAGCGAGGUCUGUGAUUGGCACUUUGAAGACGCCUCGUUUUUCAAGAGUCCAGUCAGAGGGUCAGUCUGAGGGUCACAGCAGAAGUACUGAAGUGGUCUUCAAUGGCAACAAAAACUCUUUUGGGGAACAGAGAAAACAUCAGAAUACGAUGAAUGAACAUGAGAAAGAUUCUGGUUUUACUGUGAUAACAGAGCAGAAAGCAACUGAGGUGAAGGAUACUCCCACUCUCAUUGCUCACAUGCACAAACCUGGUGCUCAAACCAUAACAGCUGCAACGAAGAGAGGUGCAAAGGGGGGAGAGAUUGACCUUAACAAGGCAGGAGCUACAGUAACAGCAAUGACCUCGUCAAAUGAAGACGGGGACAAUGUGGCAUCAUCGGACCAGGAUCGAGCUGGAGAAAAUACAGGAGUGACGUCAUCGGGUCCUGUGGAGGAUUUGUUGGACGAGAGCUGGUUUGCAGAGCAGAUGGAUCACAGUGAAUGUCUUGUCACAGAUGAUAAAUCAAAAAAAGCCCGUAAGGUGCCAGACCAUGUGAUCCUUUCUGGAGGCCUAAACAACCGCUACUGGGUUGUAGAUGUGGAGGAGAGGCCUGGCCUCAAAGCACUGACCAUCUCAUGCUCCAAAUCUCUACAUCCAACUGAAACGUGUCUGUUGAAAGAUGGAUGGGAAACGACGCCCGUUUGUUGUGGUGCUGUGGUGCAUCUAGAGGGCUGCUCUGAUGGUGGAUGCUGGGUAGUGGACAGGGAGCAGGGCUUCCUGGUUUUACUACCUGACAGUCUUAUCUCAGGUACCAGCAUCUCUAACUCCAUCCGCUGCAUGAGACGUGCAGUACUGGGAGAUAUGUUCAAGAGUUUUGACGGCGGCUCGAAGCAAAUGCUAAACGGCACCAUGGUCCAUGAAGUCUUCCAGAGAGCAGCUACAGCUAAAGAUUUUUCUUUGGAGACACUGUCUAAGAUGGCGGACCAAGCCCUUUGCCGUCCUCAGUACCUGGGAGACAUGUACAGUUUGGGUGUAAGUCAGGAAGAGAUGAAGCAGGAGCUGCAUGAUUAUCUUCCCUCACUGGAACAUUGGGCAAAGGAAUACCUGAGCUCCCCAACACCAAAAGCCAUCAGCCUAAAAAUGUAUGUACACACACACACACACACAGCGCUAAAGAUUUGUGAACAAAACUUUAUUAGCUGUUUAUAUGUCAAUCUCUGUCUCGAUGAACUCAGCAACAGCAGAUGUCAGGACUCUGCAACUGUUGUCACAAUAGCAGAGCUGGCAGACAUAGAAGAAAAUGUGUGGUCGCCGAGAUUUGGUCUGAAAGGGAAAAUCGAUGUAACGGCGCGGGUUCGAAUUCAAAAACCACGAAGCGGUAGUCACAGAACGUCGGAGGAGAGGACUGUUCCCCUGGAGCUGAAAACUGGAAAGGAGUCAAACUCGAUAGAACAUCGCAGUCAGGUGAUUCUUUACACUCUGAUGAGCUUGGAGAGAUACAAUUCUGAAGCUGGCUUCCUGCUUUACCUCAAGACUGGCAGCCUGCACCCUGUAGUGGCCAGCCACAUGGACCGCAGAGAGCUGCUGAAGCUGAGGAACACCCUGGUUCAUCACAUCCACAACUGUGUGGAGAAAGAGGUGAAGCGGAUCCGUUUGUCUAAACCUCCUGACAUCCUGACAGACAGACAAACCUGUCAGUAUUGUCCUCAGAAGAGAAACUGUGCUUUAUAUGAAAGGGUGGUCGAUGGCAGCUCUGCAGACGUCUGCGGGGAUGUUGUGCAUGACUUCCUACAGCAGGAGACGGGUCACCUGAUCCCACCACAUCUAAGCUAUUUCUCUCAUUGGCUGCUGCUCUGCUGCCUUGAGGCUGCCAGCAUGGAGGCCAAGAAUGGCCGAAAGCGCGUGUGGCUUCAGACGGCUGAAGAGAGUGAGAAGAAUGGGAGCUGUGUCGGGAAUGUGCAGCUCAGUGGUCCAGUGACCGUGCAGUCUGAAGGGGUUUUCCUCCAUCGUUUCCAGCGCAGCAGCAUGGUGCCUCAGGAGGGUUUGGCCAGCAGCGGUUUGGCCAGCAGCAGUUUGGCCAGCGGGGAUCGCAUAGUUGUCAGCGACCAGAAAGGUCGACUGGUUGGUUUGGCAACAGGAUACCUGUGUGAGGUCAGCAGGACAUCCAUCAGCUGCACUCUGGACAGAGACCUGUCCAAGUUCAGUGGUGUGUUGUUUCGAUUGGACGGUGAUGAAGGUGUGGUGGGCCUCAGCACUCACCUCACCAAUCUCUCCAGGCUGAUGGAAAACUGUCAGGACAGUGAUCGUCUGAGGGAGCUGGUUGUCGACCUUCGUCCUCCAGAGUUUAUUUACAACCUCAGUUCUGUUCUGCCAAGAGAGGCCAAGGACACUGUGGCCAACAUCCUGAAAGGUCUCAACAAACCCCAGAAGCAGGCCAUGAAGAAGGUGUUGUUAUCUAAAGACUACACACUGAUUGUUGGCAUGCCAGGGACGGGCAAAACCACAACCAUCUGCACCCUGGUUCGCAUCCUUCACGCAUGUGGGUUCAGUGUGUUGCUGACCAGCUACACCCACUCUGCUGUUGAUAACAUCCUGCUGAAGCUAAAGCGCUUCCGGGUUGGCUUUCUGCGUCUUGGACAGGGGCAGAAGGUUCAUCCAGACAUCCUGCCUUACACAGAGGAGAGUGCGAGAAAGAAGGGAGUUCACACUCUGUCAGAGUUAGAGCAGCUUUAUAACAAGGAGCUGGUAGUGGCAACCACCUGUAUGGGCAUCAAGCAUCCCAUUUUCACACGUCGCCGGUUUGAUUUCUGCAUCGUAGACGAAGCUUCACAGAUCAGCCAGCCUAUCUGUUUGGGACCCCUGUUCUAUGCCAAGAGAUUUGUCCUGGUGGGAGAUCACCAACAGCUGCCACCAAUAGUACAAAAUAAGGAGGCGAGGUCACUUGGGAUGGACGAAAGUCUUUUUAAGCGACUAGAGCUCCACAGUGAAGCAGUGGUCCAACUCAAUGUACAGUACCGGAUGAAUAGGCAGAUAAUGUCUCUCAGUAACUCCCUGAUGUAUGAGGGCCGGCUGGAGUGUGGAUCAGAGAGGACAGCCACGGCCCUGCUCAGCCUGCCCUUCCUGCUCUCUGUCCAGUCGGAGCUUAGUUCCUACUCCAAGUCUCAUCCGCAGCACGACCUGGCUUGGAUACAUGCCACAUUGUUGCCCAGCAGCCCUGUCUGCUUCCUAGACUGCUCCAUGGUGCCAGCAGUGGAGUCUGUGGAGAAGGGAGGCGUUAGCAAUCGCACCGAAGCUGCUCUCAUACACAAGUUGCUUUCACUGCUGAUAAAGGCAGGGUGUAAGCCCAGUGAUAUAGGUGUUAUCGCCCCCUACAGGCAGCAGUUAAAGAGUAUCUCUGCUCUGCUGCAGUCCUCUGCUUUCACCGGUGUGGAGGUGAAUACAGUGGAUAAAUACCAAGGACGGGACAAAAGUCUGAUCAUCUUUUCUUUUGUCAGGAGCACUGUAGAGGAAGUAAACUUAGGAGAGCUGUUGAAGGACUGGCGUCGCCUGAAUGUAGCCAUUACCAGGGCUAAACACAAGCUGCUGAUGGUGGGGUCCGCCACGACGCUACGACGCUACGCACCUGUGGAGAAACUGCUCAACCAUCUGCAGCAAGAGGACAUGAUUAUCCAGCUCCCCCCAGCUGCCCACAAGGCCUUACCAAGCAUGCCCCUGUGAUGGAAGUCUAUGGAGCCAUGGUGGUAUUUCAGGUCACCUCAUCAGGGCAGAGAUUUUAUGCCAAUCUUGAGGCCAAAGAUGCAAGUCUUAAUGUUGAUCAAUUAUAAAUACAACACAUUUAAUACACAGUUUUAAAAGUAUCAAUAGUUGAUGUCUAUGCGGUGAAACAAGGUACUGGACACUGAACAGCUAAAAUAUUUGCACACAAAAUUGUACUGUAUCUUUAAUUGGCUGAACUGUCACUGGUGAAUUAUGGUACUGUCCAUCAAACAUCAACUAGGAAUAAACUAAACUAUGGUACUUUUGAUCAAAUACCUCUAUCGAUACACUGACAAUAUUCACUGUUGGUACUUUCUCUAAGCGUUUACACACAACACAGAAAGUCACUCAUAAUGUGAAUAUGGAGACCAAACCUUUUAUAGUUCAUGUCACUCAGCUACAACAGUCAGAUAUGCUUAGGAAGGUCUAUCAGUCCACUAAAACACAGUUCUAAGGACAAAAUCGGUGCACUGAAAAGUGAAGCUACAUCACAAUAUUUCAAUAAACUUUGAUUUAGUUUUAAAGGACCUAAUCAAUAUCUUUUGUUCCAGCUUGAACCUCAAGAACAUGUAUGAACCAUGAGGUGAUUGCUGUAGGGUGUAGUUUAUUGUUUAGUGGUUCAAUUGGACUUCAUACAUACUUGAAAUAUAUGUUGAUGCAAUAUAGAAAUAUUGCAUCAACAUUACUCUGUUUUAAUCUGUGAAUGGACCACACCAGCCUACAACAGUACAGAAAUGAAACAACAAACUGGUAUAUAAAUAGUUUCUCUUUAUUCCUCAGUUAACAACAUUAUACUGUUGGUAACAGACAAAGCUAUAGCAAAAGCAAGUUUUUGAUUCACUUCCUUUUGCGUACAACAAUAUACGAGAAAAUCUAAAGCUGUACGGAGACGGGAUGAUAAAGGAAGCUACCUGGUAUGAUAACCAGUUAAAACUCAAGGAAUAUGUAGGAAACUACAAGUUAGGAGGAAAUAUAUUCUGCUAAAAUGUAAUUUAAUGCUGAUCUGUGAUAAUUUAACUGGUGAUUAUUCUUUUAAUUAUUAGAGCAUGCUUGAAAACCGACAACCUCUGAUUUUACAUGUUUUGUGUAUGUAUUUUGUUAAUACUGAGAUUUUUGCUUUUGCGUUAUGAGAAUAAAUACAAAUACUAUCAAAGUGUGAGGUGUAUUUUUACAUCCUGUUGUGUGUUGUCAUGCUUAGUCAUGUUUCAUU